AUGUUCAACCCUGUCAGCCCCCCGGCCACCGGCUAUGCUGAGCACUGCUGCCUGCGCCCACGCCAUGGACCAGCCCCGGGUGCCCCAGGGCCAGAAGGACUUGAUUUCCCCUUAUGCCAUCAGUCAAAUCUCAUGAGCAGUCACCGUGGUUAUGGGUUGGUGCCGGGAACUGAGCACCCAGGCAGUGGUGAUGGCUCACGGUUCUCAACGCCCCGUGGUGCAGGCAAACUGGGCAAGAAGCGGGCACUGUCCAUCUCACCCCUGUCAGACUCUAGCAUUGACCUGCAGACGGUAAUCCGCACCUCACCCAACUCCCUUGUUGCAUUCAUCAACUCCCGCUGCGCCUCUGCCAGUGGCUCCUAUGGCCACCUCUCCAUCAGCACCAUCAGUCCAUCACUGGGGUACCAGAGUCCACCGGGUCAGCAGAAGGGCCAAGGCCACCUGUACAGCCACCCCCCCAACCCCCCCCCAUGUAGCUCCCACGAACACCUGUCCACCCGCCCAGGGCUCCUGCACCAUGCCACAGCUCGUGGGACCCUCAAACACUGCCAGCAGCUAAAGUUGGAGUGGAGCCUGAGCAGCCCUCUGACUGUGAAAUACCCAGAGGACAGAUGUGAGGGUGACAUCUCCAGUCCAGCUUCCACAGGCACCCAGGACCCCUUGCUGGGGAUGCUUGAUGUUCGGGAAGAUCUGGAGAAGGAGGAUGGGAAACCUGAGUCUGAGACUGUGUAUGAAACCAAUUGCUACUGGGAUGGCUGUGCCAAGGAGUUCGAUACACAGGAGCAGCUGGUGCAUCACAUCAACAAUGAGCAUAUCCAUGGGGAGAAGAAGGAGUUUGUGUGCCACUGGGCAGCAUGUUCCCGGGAGCAGAGGCCCUUCAAGGCUCAGUACAUGUUGGUGGUGCACAUGCGACGUCACACAGGCGAGAAACCUCACAAAUGCACGUUCGAGGGCUGUAACAAAGCCUACUCACGCCUGGAGAACCUCAAGACGCAUCUGCGCUCACACACGGGUGAAAAACCCUACGUGUGUGAACACGAGGGUUGCAACAAGGCCUUCUCCAAUGCUUCUGACCGGGCCAAGCAUCAAAACCGCACUCACUCCAAUGAGAAGCCCUAUGUGUGCAAGAUUCCAGGCUGCACCAAGCGCUACACAGACCCCAGUUCCCUGCGCAAACAUGUGAAGACCGUGCACGGCCCUGACGCCCAUGUCACCAAGAAGCACCGAGGGGAUGUAGUGCCAGGCCGGGCACUGCCCACCCCCAGUGGCCCCCCAGACAUGAAGCAGGAGAAAGACACAAAUGGCCCGACUGAGGCCCGGAAGGAUGACAGCAAACUCUUGGUGCCUGACUUGGCCUUGAAGCCACAGCCCAGCCCAGGUGGGCAGUCGUCGUGCAGCAGCGACCACUCCCCACUCGGCAGCACCACCAACAAUGACAGUGGGGUGGAGAUGGCGGGCAACGCAGGUGGGAGCUACGAGGAUCUGUCCACACUGGAGGAUGUGGUGCCCAGUGAGCCCAUGGGCACCUCAGGGCUCAUGGCCCUCCACAAGCUAGAAAAUCUUCGCAUUGACAAACUGAAGCAGAUGAGGAAGCCAUCAGCUACCAAGGUCCUGAAUUUACCAGCCAUCCCUGGAGCCGGCCUGCCUGGGGAGGUGCCUGGGAUCUCCGUGCCGCCGCCAGCUGCCUUGCACCGGCGCAUCACGGAGCUGUCAUCAGCAGAGGUGGGCAUGCCACUGAAUGAGCGCCGGAGCAGCGCCACCAGUACUGUAAGCUCAGCCUACACCGUGAGCCGGCGCUCAUCCCUGGUGUCCCCGUACCUGGCUGGGCCAUGUCUGGGUGGCGAGGCAGGGGCAAUGCCCUGUGGGGCAGGCCUGGCAGAUGGCUACGACCUCAUCUCUCCGGACGAGUCACGACGCUCCAGUGAUGCUAGCCACUGUGGAGGGCUGCCAGGUGUGGGCAGCCUUACCCCGGCCCAGCGCUACUGUCUCAAGGCCAAAUAUGCUGCAGCCACAGGUGGCCCGCCCCCAACCCCACUGCCCAGCAUGGAGCGGGUGGGCAUGGGUGGCCAGAGCAGCUUACCUGGGGACUACCUUGGGCCAGCUGAACCCCGCUUCCUUGCAAAUGGUUUGCUGCGAAGGCACAGUUCCAAUGACUACCCUGGCUAUGCAGGCAGCGUUCCCCCUCACCUGGUGCCUCGGAAUGGUGUGCGGCGGGCCAGCGACCCCGCCCGGACUGUGGCCAACCCUCAUGCUGUGCCCAAGGUGCAUCGUUUUAAGAGCAUGGGUAACAUGAAUGUGCCAGGAGUGGGCAGAACUGCUCUGCAGCCCUUGGGUGGUUCUGAUGCCAACCUUCAGUGCCAUGUCUUCUCCCCACGCCCUCCCAGCAUCAGUGAAAAUGUCUUCCUGGAGAGUGUGAGCAUAGAGGGGCAUGGUCCAGGCACGGAGUCUGGCUUGCUAGAGAUGGAACAGUACUUGAACUACCCCGAGGAAAGCUUCCCAUGCCAGGGGACAGGUGUGGAGCUCCAGUGUGAAGGCCUCUACAGCAGUGCUCACCGGACCAUGGGGGAUGUGCAGCUGAACCCAGGAGUGCACGGGGACAUGGAGAAGGGGUUGCUUCAGUCCGAGUUCUCCCUCCCUCAGUGCCAGAUGAACCAGCACUUCAUGAGUAUGCAUGUUGGCAACGGGACCAUGCCAGCACCUUGGGAUGAACCUCCCCAAGGCAAUCUGGAGAUGAGUUCUGGGCAGUCAAGUGUGAGUGCCUCUGCUGCUGCCAUGUCUGGGCCACACUGUCACCGUCGAAGUACUGAGUACCCACUACCCAGUUCUUGUGGGCAGCAACCCAAACUUGUGAGCUCAUGCCAGGACAGUGGAUUUUCUGGGGGGCACCGGCUUAACCGACUACAGAUCAAAUCUGAGCAGCGUUACCCAGCACCUGCCCCAGCACUUGCUCCCUGCCAGAAUGCCAAGCUUGCUGGGCCCAUGCAGCCUCCUGCAUCAUUUGGCCAAGCCACGAAUGUAGGGCCUGGCGGUUACCAGUCCGAGGAACAGGCACCUGUCAGUUACAUGGGCAUGUUGAGCCCAGGCGCUAGAAGAGCCCAGACCCCCACCAUGCAGACCAAAGAAGUGAUGGUCCGUAGCUAUGUGCAGGCCCAGCAGGCUCUGAUGUGGGGAGACCAACUAGCCUCCAAGGGAGUGGAGGCUGGCAUGGGGCUGGGCAGUGAACCUGGGCAGUGCCAAGCCAUGCAAGCACCACUGUACCUCAGCCCCAAGUACUCUGGUUACCAAGCCAAACCAGAUCACCUGCAGGGUCUGGCAGAGACCCAACACCUGAAUGCCCCGUGCUUCAACCCAGAGAUGGUGCCACACCCACCUGGUGGCCCUAAACCACCUGGUCACCAAAACAGUCUGAACUAUGCAGGCAACCUGGCUCAGCCAAGUCAUUCCUAUGAGGGAGUGGAAGUCAGCUCCCGGCGUGUACUUCGCUUGCCCCCUGCCCGCCCCACACCUGAGGGGCCUGGUAAUGCCCUGCUGUAUUACCCAGGCCAGGGCACACAUCUAGGCAAAGGUGGGCAUAAGCUGUUGGGCCAAACGGCAGCAAGCUGUGGGGGUCCUGGGCAUUAUGGUGGGAGCUUGGAAGGACUGAAAGGCAGCUCAUAUUACUACCUGGAUUCGGAGGAGCAGGUGGCCAACAGCCUGGACUCCCUGGACCUGGAGAAUACGCACCUUGACUUUGCUGCCAUUGUGGAAGAUCCAGAGACACCUGCACUGCUGCCUGGGCCCCCAAGCCCUGCUGGUGGCCUCCUGCUUCCUGCAUCUGGUGGUGCCAACAUGGCUGUGGGUGACAUGAGCUCCAUGUUGAGCACUCUGGCAGGGGAGAGCCAUUUCCUCAACUCCCUGUCCUAACUAGGACAUACCAGCCAUCAGGUGGGCAUGCCUGCUACCAGGGGAAGCCCAAACCACAUUUGGGCAGAGAUGUGAAAUCCCUUCUCACAUGCAGAUUUAUGCCAG